AUGGGGGACCUAGACGAUGGUAUUAAACUAGACGAGGAUGAUCUCUUAAACAGUGGCCCAGAAACUGAGAUGACUGAGGAAGACCACGAUAUUUCGGGUUUAGAAGCUCAACUCGCAGAAAUCGAGGAAGAGCAGAAGAAACUGAAGCAAAUCCAGAGUGAUAUCGAGGGUCAAAUGAGUCGAUCAGGAUCUGCCCAGAUUAGUAAUAGUCAUGUUAAUGUCAUGUCCCCAGAGGAGAAAGCUGAAGCUGAUGCUAGAUCAGUUUACGUAGGAAACGUUGAGUAUGGAGUCACAGCUGAAGAAUUAGAAGGUCAUUUCCAUGGCUGCGGAUCUGUAAAUCGAGUUACCAUUUUAUGCGACAAGUUCACUGGUCACCCCAAAGGAUUUGCUUAUAUUGAGUUCGCUGAUAGAGAAGGUGCUCAACACGCUUUAACCAUGAGCGACAGUUUAUUAAAAGGAAGACAAAUCAAAGUUAAUCUGAAGCGCACAAACAAACCUGGAAUUUCUACUACCAAUCGUCCACCUCGCCGAGGAAUUCGUGGAAGAGGAGUUGUUGUACGUUAUGUCUACCCUGGCUUCCGCCCUAGAGGCAGAGGAAGACGUCGUCCAGGAUUCCCACCUUUCAUGUAG